AUGCGCGCAGCGUCUUCCAUCGCGCGCAGCUUGCGGUCCGCUGCUAUCCGUCCCCGUGCCAUGCACGCGCGGUUCGCUAGCACUCUCCUCAAGAUGCCGGCCAUGUCCCCGACCAUGACCGAGGGCGGUGUCGCCGGGUGGAAGGUCAACGAGGGCCAGGCCUUCAACGCUGGCGACGUUAUCCUCGAGGUUGAGACCGACAAGGCGACGAUCGACGUCGAGGCGUCCGACGACGGUGUCAUGGGCAAGAUCCUCGUCCAGGCCGGCUCGAAGAACGUUCCCGUCGGCGCCGCCAUUGCCGUGCUCGCCGAGGAGGGUGACGACCUCGCCAACCUCGAGAUUCCCGCCGACACCCCCGAGUCGGCCAUCCCCCACCGUGACGAGCCCGCGGCCGAGUCUGCCCCCGCUCCUGCCGCCCCGGCUGCCAAGGAGCAGCCUGCUGCUCCUGCCCAGGCCACUCACCACGUCGAGCUGGACGCGUCCAAGCCCGUGUUCCCCUCGGUCUCGAGGCUACUCCACAACUCGACCCUCACGUCCGAGCAGGUGGCCCAGAUCAAGCCGUCGGGCCGCCACGGCAUGCUCACCAAGGGCGACGUCCUCGCUGCCAUGGGCAAGAUCUCCAACCCUUACGGUUCGGCGGAGAAGAUGGUCAAGGACCCCAUGGGCGCAAGCGGCAAGCGCGCGUCCGAGCCCAAGACCGCCUCCGCGGGCGCUGGCGCCGCCGCCGCGGCCCCCAAGCCCGAGCCCCCACUCGACGGCCCUGCCCUCCGUCGCCUCAUUGCCGCCGGUCUCGCCAAGGCCGCGGCUCCCAAGCCUGCUCCCAAGGCCGCCGAGGCGACCGCGAGCGCCCGCACCACCGACGCCGAGUUUGACGACCUCCUCGCCGACUACUUCCCCGCCCGUCCUGCGCCUGCUACCGCUCCCGUCGCUGACGGUGCCGCUGCCCCCGCGCCCAAGGACGAGUUUGCCGGCCUGUACUAG